UCUGCAUCCAAAUGUUCUCUGCCUGGAAGAGACCAAUGUUCCUGUCUGUUCAUGAGGACGCCCUGCCCACCACUGCCUCUCUCGGGUCACUGUGAAUGGCCUCCCGGGCCCUCCUGGAGCUCCAGGCCUCCAACCAGAGCCAGCUCCCGCCUCCAAAUGCCACGUCCUGCGACAGUGCUCCGGAAGCCUGGGACCUGCUGCACAGAGUGUUACCCACGUUCAUCAUCGCCGUCUGCCUCUGCGGUCUGCUGGGCAACCUCUUCGUGCUGUCCGUCUUCCUGCUGCCCCGACGGCGCCUGAACGCGGCAGAAAUCUACCUGGCCAACCUGGCGGCUUCCGAUCUGGUGUUUGUCUUGGGCUUGCCCUUCUGGGCAGAGAACAUCCGGAACGAAUUCAACUGGCCCUUCGGGGCCCCCCUCUGCCGCGUCGUCAACGGCGUGAUCAAGGCCAAUUUGUUCAUCAGCAUCUUCCUGGUGGUGGCCAUCAGUCAGGACCGCUACCGCCUGCUGGUGCACCCCAUGGCCAGCCGGGGGCGGCGGCGGCGGCGGCAGGCCCAGGCCGCGUGCGCGCUCAUCUGGGCUGUGGGCGGCCUCCUGAGCACCCCCACCUUCCUGCUGCGCUCCGUCAGGGCCGUCCCGGAGCUGAACGUCUCCGCCUGCGUGCUGCUCUUCCCCCACCCGGCCUGGCCCUUCGCGAGGAUGGUGGAGUUAAACGUGCUGGGCUUUCUCCUGCCACUGGUGGCAAUUGUCUUCUUCAACUAUCACAUCCUGGCGGCCCUGCGAGGGCGGAUGGAGGUGGGCAGGACGAGGCGCGGGGGGCCCACGGACGGCAAGACCACGGCACUGAUCCUCACGCUCGUGGCCGCCUUCCUGAUCUGCUGGGCCCCCUACCACUUCUUUGCCUUCCUGGAAUUCCUGUUCCAGGUGCGGGCGGUCCGAGGCUGCUUCUGGGAGAAUUUCACCGACCUGGGCCUGCAGUGGGCCAACUUCUUUGCCUUCCUCAACAGCUGCCUGAAUCCUAUAAUUUAUGUCUUUUGGGGGCGGCUUUUCAGGACCAAGGUCUGGGAACUUUAUAAACAGUGCCUCCCUAGAAGUCUCACUUCAAUGUCCUCGUCCCAUAGGAAAGAAAUCCUCCAACUUUUCUGGCGGAAUUAAAACAGCAGGGAGCCGAGAAGUGUGGUUUCCUUAUCAAUUACUUUGGACAUAAGGAAUGUGAUUGUGGUAGCCUGAGUAAAGGCUCCCCAAGAUAACCGGGACCUAGUCCCAGGAACUGCCAAUGCUUAUAUGGUCACGGGGACUUUGCAGAUGUGAUUAAGCUCAGGACCUUGAGGCAGGCAGGUUAUCCUGGAUCAUCUGGGUGAGCCCAGUGUCAUCACCAGGGUCCUUACAAAGGGGAUGCAGGAGGGCCAGAGAUGGAGAAGGUAAUGUGACACCAGAAGCAAGACGUCUAAGGGAUGCAGUGAAGGGGCCACGCGCCAAGGACUGCAGGCGCCCAGCAGAAGCAUUAACUGGUGAGGCUUCUCCCUGGAGCCUCCAGGAGGAACCAGCCCUGCUGACGUCUUGACUUUAGCCCAGUGACACUGAUUUCGGAUGCGGUCUCCAGAACCGUAAGAUAAUAAAUUUAUGUUGUGUUAAGUCAGCAAGUUUGUGGUUAAUUUGUUACAGCGACAGGAAACAGGUUUUCAGUAAGUAUUUCUUAUCCCACGUCCACUUGCCCAUUCAGAACGUUCCAGGUUAUUCCCGGCUAUGACACCCUCCGCUAGGAAUGCAGAGAUGCGCUGGCUAGAGGGCCUAUCCCCAAAGAGCUUACUUGGAUCGAAAAAAUUAUAGUACAAAUAAAAAAGAAAGAAAGAAAGAAAACAAGAAAUUGCACAAGCGUCACACAGACCCAGUUCCAGGAGCGCACAGCGGAGGUGGGGGCUCCUCCAGGCUGCAACAGAGAGGCUGUGAAGGGAGUAAACUGUAAGCUGAGUGUGACAAGGGGUAGAAUCUGGACACACGGAGAGAGGCAGGAAGAGCUGCUGGGACAUCACCGAGACACACGGGUAGAAGCGGGGGCUGCGUGAGAAAGGAUAUUUAUUGGCACUUAGUGCUUCAGUGCUCUUCUCGCUGCUGGGGUCCCCAGGGCUGACCUGAGAAUGGCUGCCUUCCAGGAGCUCGUGGCAAUGGGGACAGUAAUUAGGAAAGUGUCACAGCACUGGGUGACUCCAGCACGGGGUGAGAGGGUGAGAGCAGGGGCUCCGAGAGCACAGAGAGGGGGUGUCCAGCCGGGGGGCUGGGAGGGGAUGGCUGGAGAUGGUUUCCGGGAGGAAGAGACAUAUACACUGAAUCCCGAAGGAUGAGCAGUUGGCCAAGCAAAAUGGGGGAAAGGAGUGUUCCAGAUAAAAGAAACACAUCAGACCCAGAGGCAGGAGGGUUCAAGGGUCAGGAGGGAGGAUGGAGGAAAGCAGUACCAGGUGGUUAUGCAGGGACUUCAGGUCUGAGGAGCAGGGAGGUGAUGGAAGGCUCUGUGAUGGCCAAGGGCAGAGACGGCAGCUGCCAGGGCCUGGCUGGAGCCGGAGGCAUGCAGUUUCUAUGUGAUUUACUCCAGCCAUGCUCAGUGGGCCCAAGAAAGGCAGACAGUAGGUUGCUCCAGAGAUGGGACUUGUCAGAUGGACAGCCAGAGUUCAAGGGCACUGGGAAGACUGGUCAGAUCAUGAGGAAUGGCUAAACUAGGGAAGGAAAUAAAUAUAGGAGGUGAAGAAAGUAGAGUGACCUUGGUAUGGUUAAAGAACUGGGUGGUGGGAGCACCUGGGGGACAGAGCAAGAAAACUAGGAGGUUGUGGCCACAGAGUGAGAAUGCUUGCCUGGAACCUUCCAGAGGUGGGUUCAUCCCGGCAGGUGACAAGGGCCAAGAGCGGCCACGGCAUGGGGUGGUUGGAAUAAAGGGACAAGAUGGUCAAAGAAUAGAGGUGGAGGAUGGGUUGUAUGCAGACAUGCAGGAUGCUGGAGGGACCCAGGAGGAGAGGCCAGGGGGCCAGGCGCCAAGGCCAGUC